AGUGGUUAUGCACGAUUGGUUGAUCCGAACGAAGCACAGGAGCCGAUAGCGAGCGAGAUAGGAGGUAAAGAAACGAAUGGCAAACUGUUUGUGUGUAGUUCGCGCAAACCCGGUCAUCGGGAUUCGCAUAUAGCAGUCACUGGAAGCAUAAUACUGAUCCGCAUGUCCAUGUGCAAUACAAUGCCCAUGGAUUUGAUCCGUGUGUUCUCCACUCCCCUCAGUUCACUCUGUCUUCGUGGUCGUGUGCAUGAUCACGAUGAUCAAGAUGACCACGAUGAUCACGAUCAUGAUGAUGAUGAUGAUGAAUAG